AACGGUAUAUUCUGUUGUCAAAGAUGAAGUUCAUCGUCGUGACUAUACUCGCGGUCUUGUGUACUCUCUGUAUCAAGCGCCACGAAUGCGCCAGGAUCCUGAUAACUAUCGGAACAGCCUCCUAUAGUCAUCAAAACACGUAUACGCGAUUAUGGCUAGAACUGGCCGAACGUGGACACGACAUUGUUUUAAUCGGCACGAAUUACAUGAACGACUUAAAUGGGACGAAUAUUACUCAAAUCAUAGUCGAUUCACCUCGAGAUCUCAUAGAUAAACUGGACUAUAUUAGUUUCCGCUUUAAAGGAAUAUCGUGGAUAACGUUUAACGAAAGAUUCCAAGGCGAUUUGGGUACCAUAUUAUCGGAAAACGUUUUCGAAAAUCCAGCCGUGAAGAAACUGUACGCGCCUAAUAGCAACGAGAAAUUCGACUUGGUUAUGGCAGAGCUCCUAUGGACUCCCUCCCUUUUCGCGUUCGCUCAUAGAUUUAACGCGCCUCUGAUAGGGUUGAGCUCUCUGGCAAUUCCUAUGUUCCACGAGUACCUCAUAGGUGGGCUUGUACUACCGUCUCACGAAUCUACGUGGGAAAUGGAAAAAAAAGUUGGAUCGAAUCUGUCCUUCUGGCAGAGAGUGCAAAAUUAUUUGAUCGCGUGGCGCUUGGUAUACCUUUCCUAUCGGGAUCAAAUUUUACCGCAGCAAACGCUCGCUGAAAAAUACCUUGGAAAAGAUAUACCGCCAUUGCAAGAUAUAAUAGCGAACGUCAGCGUUGUAUUCGUGAACCAGGAUGAAUACAUUUAUCCAGCGCGACACAAGUUACCAAACGUGAUCCCGUUCUCUACGUUACAUAUUUCUUCUAACCUGCCUCCAAUGUCAAAAAAAUUAAAACGUUUCGUGGACAACGCAAAGAAUGGCUUCGUCUACCUCAACUUUGGUACCAACGUAAAGUGUUCGUUUCUGCCGAAUAAAACUAUGCAGACACUACUCGAUGUGUUUACCAGUUUGCCAUACAAAUUGGUGUGGAAGUGCGACAAAGACCUACCAGUGAAGUCUAAUAAUAUCUUUGUCUUGCCAUGGAUUCCUCAACAAACUAUCCUUGCACACCAAAACAUCAAGCUGUUCGUAUACCAAGGAGGUCUUCAAAGCACCGAAGAAGCUGUACACUUUGCAGUGCCAGUGUUAGGAUUGCCAGUGGUAGCGGAUCAGGACUACCAAGUGCACAGAAUGGAAGCACUUGGUGUUGGGAAGUGGUUAGAAAUGACCACUUUGAAGGCAGAUGAGCUGAAGAGCGUUACUCUAGAGAUGAUAAAUAAUAAAAUGUACAAACAAAACAUGCUAAAACUCAAGAACCUCACCAAGGACAGGCCUUACGAUUUCACGAAACAUCUUGCUUGGUGGACAGAGCGCGUGAUUCGUUUCAAAGGCGCUACUCCUCUUCGUUCCAGUGUGGCCAAGCAACCUUGGUAUCAACGAAACGACAUUGAUAUUUUCAUGUUUCUAACGAUAAUAGCUUAUAUAAUACUUUUGACGGCAUUCAGUGUACUUAUUAAAUUUACCAUGUACCUCCAUAAACGACGACAGCUGAGUCUUCUGUAUGAAAAGAAAAAAACCAGUUAAUCGUUAGAGGACAAACUAAAGAAUGUAAAAUUAAUUUUAUAUAGCGAAGUAGUUAGAUAUUCAUCGAUUUGGAAUAAUAAUUUUAGCCAUUUAAGAUACGUUGUACAGUAUAUAAUAGAUAUACAUAACAGUUAAUAAAAAGGUGUAUUUUUAUAAAUGUAA